ACUGUAAACAUUGAUUUGUUGCGUUACCAUCUCAACGACCUUGGCGACGACCCAGAGUACUGUUCCAAACACCAUCAACCCCCAUGCCAUAAUGGCAGAACCCCAAUACCCCAAACAUCCCUUCCUUCUCUCUGUACCAGAGGUUGAGAAGGCCCUCGACACACACAUCGACAAUGGUCUCUCAACGAACCAGGUGCCGAAGCUGCAGGAGCAGUAUGGCGAGAACGAGUUGGACGUAGGCAACACCAUUGCCUGGUAUACCAUCUUCAUCAGACAGCUAUGCAAUGCCAUGGUUUUGGUCUUGAUUUUUGCCAUGGCCCUGAGUUUUGGUGUCAAGGAUUGGGUCGAAGCUGGCGUUCUCGCGGCUGUCAUCAUCCUCAAUGUCGGAAUCGGAUUCUGGCAAGAAUACCGCGCCGAAAAGAAGAUGGACGCCCUUCGCGCCCUCUCCUCCCCCAGUGCUAGCGUACUCCGUGAUGGCAAGACUUCUGUGAUUCCAAACGCUCAGGUAGUUCCCGGUGAUAUCAUCCUUCUCAAGAUGGGCGACACCGUUCCUGCCGAUCUCCGCAUCUUCGAGGCCAUGAACCUGACCUGUGAUGAGUCCUCGUUGACAGGUGAAGCCGAACCUGUCGAGAAGAUCACGACCAAUGACAUUGUGGUUCCGGGCACCGAGAAGCCAGCACUCUCCGAAGGCGAUCUUGGCAUCGGUGAUCGUAUCAACAUUGCGUACGCUACCACCAUUGUUCGCAAGGGCCGUGGUCGCGGAAUCGUUAUUGCAACUGGCAUGAAGACCGAAGUUGGUAAGAUUGCUGCUUCCACCAACAAGAAGCAACGCAAGGCAGGUAGGUCGAUGAGCACCAAGCAUGGCCACCUCCAGCCGGUCAAGGGCGCUGGCUUGCGUACGUGGGAUUUCAUCGGCAAAUUCCUCGGUUUGACCGAAGGCACGCCGCUCCAGAUCAAGCUGUCCAAGCUUGCGUAUAUCCUGUUCUUCUGCGCCAUCUUCCUGGCCAUCAUCGUCUUUGCCGUCAACAAGUUCAACAUCCCCACGGAGGUUAUCCUGUACGCCAUUUCAACUGGUAUUGCCAUCAUCCCGGAGUCCCUGGUUGCUGUCCUGACCAUGACCAUGGUCGUGGCCACCGCUGUCAUGAGAAAAGCCAAUGUGGUGGUUCGAGAUCUCUCUGCUCUCGAGGCCCUCGGAGGCGUGACCAACAUUUGCUCCGACAAAACGGGCACGCUAACACAGGGAGCCAUGAUCGUCAAAAAGGCAUGGCUUCCCCCGUCCAGCGUUUAUACCGUCCGCGAUUCCACCAACCCCAACAACCCAACCGAGGGCAAGGUAACUUUCUCUCCGGAUGACACCAAGGUGAAGAAGGAGGAAAAGGAACGUGACUACGACCAGGAGAGAACUACCCAGGCCAUCAAGUUUGAUGUACCGGAAGGUGAGAAGGAAAAGCCGAUGCAGCCCAAGGCAUCGGAGAUGGAUGCCGAGGUCACUCCCGACCUCAGGUUGUUCCUUCAUGCGACCGCGCUCUGCAACCUUGCCACGGUCCGGUAUGACGAAGAGGCUGAGGGCUGGAAGACAACCGGAGAACCCACAGAAAUUGCCAUUCAAGUUUUCGCCCACCGGUUUGACCAUGGAAAGAAGUCCAUCGAGGGCAAGGGCUGGAAGCAGGUUGCCGAGUUCCCCUUCGACAGCAGCAUCAAGCGCAUGUCAGUCGUCUACAACGCGCCCAAGGACAACGAGCUCGGGUAUUCUCCCGAGAACAGCAUCGUAUUCACCAAGGGUGCCGUUGAGCGUGUCCUGGAUCUGUGCUCCCACAUUGGAACCGGCGACGCCCAGCAGCCCAUGUCCGAAGAGGUUAGGGAUCGCAUUCUGGACCAGAUGACUGACUUUGCCUCCCAAGGCCAACGUGUCCUUGCCGUGGCGUACAAGCCGUGGGAUGGAGAGUACUCUGCUCCGGAUGAAGCCCACAAAGGCGAUGAUUCCGUCCGUGCUCAAGUUGAGGACAACCUGGUACUGCUUGGUCUGGUCGGCAUCUACGACCCGCCCCGCCGUGAGACGACUGGUUCCAUCAGCACGUGCGCCGAAGCUGGCAUCAAGGUUCACAUGCUCACGGGAGACCACCCGGAAACGGCCAAAGCCAUCGCUAGGGAAAUCGGCAUCAUUCCUCGCAACCUUGGCGUGCUGCCGGCGGGCGUGGCUGAGAGUGCCGUCAUGAAAGCCACUGAUUUCGACAAGCUGUCAGACGAAGAGAUCGACAAUUUACAAGAGCUUCCCCUGGUUAUUGCUCGUUGCGCCCCUGAAACCAAGACGAAAAUGAUCGAGGCCUUGAGACGGAGGGGAGCCUUCAUGGCCAUGACGGGUGACGGUGUUAACGAUGCGCCAUCGCUCAGCAGAGCGGACGUUGGUAUUGCCAUGGGAUCUGGUUCGGAUGUUGCCAAGUCUGCCGCCAAAAUCGUGCUGACUGAUGACAAGUUCAACAGUAUCGUUGCUGCUAUCCAGGAGGGUCGCCGCAUGUUUGAGAACAUCCAAAAGUUUAUCCUCCACUUGUUGAGCAGCAACGUCGGCGAAGUCAUCUUGCUCAUUGCUGGUCUCGGGUUCCGCGACCAGGACGGAUUCUCCGUCUUCCCCAUCUCGCCUCUCGCCAUUCUGUGGAUCAACAUGGUUACCUCCUCCUUCCCGGCCUUCGGCUUGAGCAAAGAGCCCGCCUCUCGGGAAGUGAUGAGGAAGCCCCCGCACGACCGCAAGAGGGGUGUGUUCUCGAACCAGAUCUUGUGGGACAUGAUCGUGUACGGCAUUCUUAUGGGGACCUGCACGCUCAUGACCUUUAUCAUCGUCGUCUACGGCAAGUACGGCGGAGAUCUGGGCAAGGACUGUAACCGCGGGUACAACGACACGUGCAUCCCGGUGUUCCGGGCCCGAGCCGCCGUGUUCGCCCUGCUGACCUGGCUGAUCCUGCUCAGCGCCUGGGAGUUCAAGAGCAUCCGCCGAAGCAUGUUCCGCCUCGACCCGGACAACCACAAAAAGUUUGCCGUGUUCCACGACCUCUGGUCCAACAAGUUUUUGUUCUGGGCCGUCCUGAUCGGCCUCGUUAGUGUUUUCCCCACCGUUUACAUCCCCGGCCUGAACAGGAACGUGUUCAAGCACACCAACAUCAGCUGGGAGUGGGGCGUCAUCAUCGGCAUGUCCAUCGUGUAUGUGGUUGGUAUUGAGUGCUGGAAGGCCGUCAAGCGCCACACUGGCAUCCUGGAUGACCACAAGGUGCCCAAGAGCGCCUGGAGCCAGGGUGACGAUGGCGGAAAGAGAGAGCGGACCAUGAGUUUCUCACUUUCUAGGAGCUUCGGGAGGACCAAGAGCUUCUUGGCCAGGACCAUGACGAGCUCGACGGCAGGAAACCCUGCUGCCGAUGAUCUACGGGUCUAAAGGGCGCAUGUUGAUGAUGUCUCUUUUUAACCUUGUUGUGUUGAUUUUGAGUUUUCUUUUGCUGUUGUCGUUGUGUUUGC